CUAAAUCGUCUUCGUGAACAGGGUUUAACACUUCAGACCGACAAGUGCGAAUUCCUGCGAAAGGAAGUAGCAUACCUUGGACACAUUAUUUCUGAAAAAGGGGUAAGACCCGAUCCUAGAAAAUGAAAAGCUGUCAGUAAUUUUCCUACACCAACUACUCAGAAGAAUAUCCAACAAUUCUUAGGACUCACAGGAUAUUACCGAAGAUUCAUUGAAAAUUUCACCACAAAAGCAAAACCCCUGAUCAAUUUAUUGGGCAAAGGAAUUAAAUUCAAAUGGACAGAAGAACAAGAUCAAAGCUUCAAAACACUACGCUCCGAACUUUGUCGGCAACCAAUUUUACAGUAUCCAGAUUUCAGUAAACCUUUCAUCGUUACGACAGACGCAUCCGAAUAUGCUAUAGGCGCCGUGCUUAGUCAAGGUGAAAUAGGAAACGACCUUCCGAUUGCCUAUGCAUCCCGUAGUUUAAAUAAACCGGAACGAAACUAUUCGGCUACGGAAAAAGUAUGUUUGGCAAUGGUUUAUGCCGUAAAGUACUUCAGACCUUAUAUUUAUGGGAAACAGUUCACCCUCGUCACAGACCACCGGCCGUUAAUCUGGUUACACUCAGUCAAGGACCCUACCUCAAGACUCAUCAAAUGGAAGUUAAGACUUUCGGAAUACGAAUAUCAAGUCGCCCAUAAGAGUGGAAAGACGAAUAAAAAUGCUGAUGCUUUAUCACGUAACCCUACACCUACUUGCUUGCCUCUGCUUCCGCGAGAAUGCCGAGACCCCGAUUUUAAGGCGCCAAUGACAAAAACAGACGCAGAUAAAGAAUCCAUAGGAUACCGUGUACGACAGUUACAGCGAGAUAGAGAUAACCGACCCAAGUACAGAGAAUCAAGUAGCAGUUCAGAUGAAAGAGAAGAACCCGCAUAUGGAAAAGUCAGGAACUCUCCUAUAAUAAACAAAAACAGGACUCUACCCAGCCUGCAGCAAAUUCCACACAGAUUCCCCUACAAGAAAACGAUGAGACCAUAACAAAUGAUUUGAUAU